CAGUGAAGAGUCUGUAGGGGUCAUGGAUGAGAGAAGUGAUAUGGAGAAGGGAGAUGACAUUAUGCUGCCAGGGUUUAGGUUUCACCCCACAGAUGAAGAGUUAGUAGGCUUCUACUUGAACAGGAAGAUCCAGCAGAAACCUCCAUCUAUUGAACUUAUCAGGCAGCUCGACAUCUACAAAUAUGAUCCAUGGGAUCUUCCAGAGCUGGCGACGACAACAGGAGAAAAGGAAUGGUACUUCUACUGCCCGAGGGAUCGAAAGUACAAGAACAGUGCAAGGCCGAACAGAGUCACAGGAGCUGGAUUCUGGAAGGCCACAGGCACGGACAGGCCAAUCUACUCUUCUGAAGGAAAUAAGUGCAUAGGUCUCAAGAAAUCGCUCGUUUUCUACAGAGGCAGAGCUGCCAAAGGGAUCAAAACAGAAUGGAUGAUGCAUGAGUUCAGACUACCUUCCCUUGCUCAUAAAAAUAUUUCGAUCAACGAUUCAUGGACAAUAUGUAGGAUAUUCAAGAAGCCUAACACCGUGGCACAUAGAGCAGCACCGCCUCCUUCCUGGGUGUCCCCUGUGCCCGAUCCCAAUGGAGCAGCAGACCUGUUCUCCAUCUUAAGGACUGCACAAAGCACCCAGCUGAGCUCAGAGAUGCUCCGUCAUCCACUUGAAUCCUCCUGCUACAAGCCGGAGCUUCCCAAUGCACAAGUUGCACCCACCAGCUUCAUGUUCUCCCCAGAACACAUGCAAAUACCAUCCAAGUCCGCCAUGGACGUCGCCUCGAUGCUUCUCAAUGCAUCACCAUCGAUUGUGGGUGACGUUGAGGAACCCUUGACGAGCAUAGACUUCGGACAACAGCCCAUGAGAAGCACAGCAAGUCUGGCAAACGGAGAAGAAGGUAAAAUAUGCAGUCUUGAGAACAGUCAGUGGGGCUUCAGCCUGCUGCCAACCAUUUCCGGGGAGCUCAACUUGGCAUGGGAGUCUCCUCCUUACCUCUGUGAGAUCUCACCAAACUAAUUGGCAAGCAAAUGCUUCACAUAGCUGGAUGUAGAGAGUUUAGAGUCACAUCACAUUGCCAACCAUUUCCAGUUGCAAAAGACUGAUGUACAUGUUCAUGUUCAAAGCUAUGAUUGUUAACAGCAAAGCUAACAGAGUGAGAAGCAACAUUUAGCUUAAUGAAGUUGUUUUCUUC